AUGGAUAACCGAAUUAUAGAGUUAAACCACGUGGCCGAAGGAGGUUCAUCCAGAGUUCUAAAAAAAAUUCUGGUCAUUAAUGGCAACGAAACACCUGUCGCCAUGAAAAUCGUAGAUAAAAAAUCGAAUGAAGCUGAUAGAGAGCUUAAAACUUAUUCCGAGAUAAAAUCCCACGAAAACAUUAUCAAGUUUUAUGAAUCACAUCAUGAACCAGAUGGAUCCUAUGCAUUUGCUUUAGCAUAUGCAGAGUUGGGAAGUCUAC